GUCGAAUUCUCUCUCGUUAUCUCGCUGUAUGCACAUAAUAACGAGUACCGAAUGAAUGUAAAUGGGACGGGCGAUACCGAAGUUUCGCCACCUUCACGUGUAUAUAGCCAACGUUCGUUUGCGUUUUGAGUUCAAGCAUAUUGGGGAGGAGAAUAAAGAAAUAUGAUAGUAAUAAUAAUUAAGGUAUGUAGGAGUCGAGACGACAAAGUUUUCGUGGUUGUUAUCAGGACGUUUUGAUAGGUCUAGUUAGCUUAGUUAAGAUCCUGGCUGUAAGCGAAUACCGUAAUGUUUUCGGUUGAUAAUUCUAUAUCGUACCAGCAUGCCGGUACUAUAUCGCUAAAUUAAUAGUAGUUUGAUGUUUUUUAUGUUGCCUAUAUACAAAUAUCUCUAUUCUAUUACCACCAAUAUUUUCGAUUUUUUGUAAUAAGAAAAAAAAGUACCAGAAUGAAAAGUUGCGGUAGAUAAGUUGUGAUCAAGAGCAACGGCACGAGUUUUGGAAAAAUGUAUUUUCUUCAAUUAUUUUCGAUGUGAAAUCAUAUCUCCAGUUUUCUUAACUCCGAAAUUGAAAGUUGGCAAAUUAAAAUCAGAUUUUUAAUAACAUUUUUUUUUCAAUUGUAAGAGAAGGUUUUUCAUCCCAUCGAUAUACAGAUAUAUUUUGUCAGCUAAUAAUGAACUAAUCGUUGAUGGAAUAUUGUUCUAUUUUGAAGAAAACAUUGAGACUGAUCCUUUGUGCAGUUGUGUGUAUAUUUGCAUAUGUUAUGAGAUAAUUCGUUUAAUGCUAAUAAUCCUUAUAUAACCUUUGUUGCUAUUGGCAAUUAGAACAUAUCAAUAUUGUACUAAUUAAGAAAUUGAUUAUGGCAAGGUUGAAAAAAAUAAUUAUCUGAACCAUUGAAUAUCAUUGAAUUCCAUUAAAUAAUACAAACUAAGAAACCUGUAUCAAUCUGAAAAAAAUAUUUAUUUUUCUGUAUAGCCUACUGAAAACUCCCAUCACUGUAUUACAUAACCGAUAUUCAAUAAUUAAAUUAGUAGCGAUGGAUAACCGAACUGUAGAAGUAAGGGGUUCCAACGGUGCAUAUUAUAAAGCAUUUUUAUCUGAUGUGGGUCCUACUGGCAUACUUGUUACAUUUGAGAACAAUUGGCAACCUGAAAAGAUUAUUCCAUUCCAAGAAAUUCGCUUGGCAUAUGAUGUUGAAAGUGGAAUCGAGUUCGUUGAAGGUCAAGAGGCCGAAGUUCAUUCAAGAGCAAAUGAUAAUGAACCUUGUGGUUGGUGGCAUUGUCGGAUUAAAAUGAGCAAGGGAGAAUUUUUCGUUAUUGAAUACCAAUCGUGUGAUCCAAAGUAUACUGAAAUUGUCACGAAAGAACGUCUCAGACCUAUCAAUAGCAACCAACCCUUAUCAGGUAAUGAUAUCAGGAAAGUGUCCCUGGAUGUACCUGAAGAUCUGCAAGACUUUUGUACAAAAUACAUAGAUGCUCAUAAGGAAUUUGAACGAAGUAUUGAAGCGAUUUUAGUUCGGUACAACUCCACAAAGAAACAACUUGAUGUUAUCGUGUCAAAUUCAUCAGCUCAGCGAAGAGCUACGAUUGUGUCAGAUCUACAUUUCCGAAGUCUUCGUACCAAAUUACAAAUGCUCCAAAGAGUCGAAGAAGCUUCGAAACAAUUGGAAAUAACUCAGCAGCGUGCAGAAUCGUGUGUGGAAAAAUUCACAGUUGGUGAAGAUUUAGUUGGGCUAGCCAUCGGUACAGGAGGAGCCAAUAUCAUGGCUGCUAGAAAAAUUUCUGGUGUUUUAGAUAUCGUUUUAGAUGAGGAUACACACACAUUUUCAGUGUAUGGUGAAACCAAAGAAGCUGUGCAACAAGCAAGAGAAAUGUUGGAAUUUUGUGAAGAAGAAGUUAUCGUUCCAAGACCGUAUGUAGGAAAAGUGAUUGGCAAAAAGGGAGCUACAAUCCAAGAAAUGAUUGACAAAUCUGGUGUUAUACGAGUCCGAGUUGUUGGGGACGAUGAGAACACAGAAAAGGAAAUUGAACCUGGAAUGGUACCAUUUCGAUUUAUCGGAAUACGAGAAAAUAUCAGAAAUGCAAGAGCACUUUUGGAAUACCAUGUUGCAUACCUAAGGGACCUUGACCAUUUACGAAUGGAGCAAUUGAGUAUUAAUCAGCGUAUACGACAGCUUGAUGGAGGGUCGAGUGCACUUCCCUCUCAGAGUGAAAGUGACAUGGAGGGAAGUUACAGAAGACCCAGGUAUAAUCCAGGCCGGGGUAGAGGACGCAGACGCUCUGGUAGCGAUAGAGAGGGAGCCACUACUACAAAUUCCGAAAAGUCAAUUUCAGACACAGGAUCAGAAACAGGUGGAGAAUCGAUCACAGAUAGUAAAGGGCAAAUCAAAUCAAAGGAACUGUUAAAUAAUGGAUAUUCAAAUCGAGGAAAGCCGCAAUCACAGAAACCGUUUCAUAAGAAAGAAACAUCCAAUCCAAAUCACAAUCGCUUUGAAGCACUAAAUGGAGCUGGAGAAGGCCAAGAUAAGGUUGAAAAUGGGGUAGCGCCAGCACAAAAUGGCACAGAAAGAGGACCACAAACCAACCCUAACACUGGAGGCAAGAAGAGACGAAAUAGAAACCGGAAUAAAAAGGGAAAAUUGGACAACCUCACCAAUGGCACAAUGAAUGGUGAUGCCGCACAAAGUACCGAAAACAAUCCUAAAAAAGAAGAUAGUGCUACAACAGUCACAGCUAAAUAAACAGACCUAUAUGUCUUCGGCCAUGCGAGGCUUACGUUACAACUUUAACAAACUCCUAACUCAGCCUUGACCAAAAAUACUAGUAGAUGUGCAUGUUGAACAUAUUUAAUGCUGGUGUUUGCCUAUUGGAUCUUCGUGACACGCAAGUCAACAUUUAGUUUUCAGUGUUUGAUGUUCAUAUUUUUCUCGAACAAAACAAAAUUCUUGUAUUGUUUGUAUAUAUUAUUAUUUUCUUGUUUAUUGUGCUAUUCUUUUUGUACAUUUUUUCUAUUUAUUUAAACUAUUUAGCAAGGAUUUGUAGCCGAAUGUCACUUGUUAAAGUUAAAAUAUUGUCAACUUGACGAUCUGUUUGGAAGUUACUCCUAUCUAUAACACUUGUACUGUACUGUUUGAAAUGCAUCUUUUUCACUUUAAUUGAUGUGAAAUUGCAAUCACAAGAUUAUGGGAUAUUACACCCUAGAUGAAAUUUUAAUGGACCAUCCAGAUUAGAUUUUGAUUAUAUUAUAAUAUUCAUUCAACGCGUAAAUGGACAUCUUACUGACAAUUCCUUCUAUGAUAAUAUAGAUUAUCUAAAGUUGAAUUGCUGUUUUAUCGAAUUUCUUUAUUUGCAUACAAUGUAUGAUAGCCACUGUGGACCACCAUGUGUGAUACAUGAUGUAGACAAAUCCGCCUGGCUGGUGGCGGCACUAUUUUCUGUACAUGAUUUGGUUUCACCUAAUACUGUGCCUAAUUUUAUCAGUUCCAAACUCAUCUGUUUAUAUUUAAGCCUUGAUUCUGAAUGUAUAUUUGAAUGUAUAUUAAAUCUGUGCAUGUUAAUGGGUGUUCUACUUAUUUCACACUUCACUUUAGAAUGUCGGCGGAUGGUGUUUAUAUUAACCCAAACACUUUCACAGAUAAACAUUUUUGCAAUAAAAUCAUUCAAGAUUA